UUUAAAACAAGAAAAACACGACUAAUUUAAGUAAAGAUUACUCAGUACUAGUGCAGUAUGAUUACACUGUGUCUUGACAGAAGUUGGUUUAUCUAGCUGCACACCACUGCUAAUUAUAUCAACAGAAAAUUUAAGUAGUAUUUUUGGUGCACGUUGCAGCAAUAAGAUGCUCAAGGCUUUAAAGUAUCUGUCGUCUCCUGUCGGUCCUGAGAAUCUCACCUGCUGCCUCCCUGCAGGUUCAACUGCAGCCAUGAGCCGGAGGAGGGUUUCGGUGAAGGAUCUGGGUGUGGUGGACUGUCAGGGCUGGUUGCUGCGCCGGAAGGAGGGACGCAGCUUCCUAGGGAGCAAAUGGAAGAGAUACUGGUUUGUCCUGAAGAAGUGUUCUCUGUACUGGUACACCGACAAGACGGCUGAGAAAGCUGAAGGAUUCAUCAACCUGUCCGGUUUUACCAUCCAACAGGCCAAACAGAAAGAGUGCAGAAAGAAACAUGCCAUAACAGCCAGUCACCCUCUGGUUGUGAACAUAUUUAUUGCUGCAGAGAACUUCACAGAGAUGAACAAGUGGUUUAGCAAACUGUCAGAAGCAGCCGAGCGGUGUGAAGUGAUUAACAGCGAAGAGUGCUACAGUGAGGGCAGCGAUCAGGAUGCUGAAGACAGUUGUCUGGACUCUCAGCUGGAUGCAGCAGAUUCUGAAAAUGUAGACCAUCUUCAGCCUCCCUGUGAGUCUUUAUCCUGCACGUCAGUCCUAUUUGACACACCUCCUGCUGAACACAGAUGUAGAAGCACCUCAGCAGGUGGAACUUUAAGCAGAAACAGAGGAAGACAACCAGUAAAGGAUAGCAGCGAGUGUCUCUCCUGGCUUGACCUCCCCAGUCAGGCCAAAGCCAGCGGUGCCCUGUCCGUCCCUCUGAUCCAUGUUAAAGAAGAACAUGAGAAGCCGCCUGAUGAGAUGGAGCGUCUCUACAACCACCUGAAAGCAGCCAGCUUGUCUCCUACUGGAGAGUCCAGUCAGAGGGACUUCAGAGCCUCGUUUAUCCGACGAUGUCAGAAUGACAGAGUCAACGAAAAGCUUCACCUGCUGCGAAUCCUCAGCAGCACAUUAAAGGCUAAAGAGUCGGAGCUGCUGGCAGUGGAGCAGAUCCUCAGUGACCCGACCCUCACAGCGCCCACAUACAGGAAGUGGAGAGUCUCCAACUUGGCCCUGCUGCAGGACAUCAGUGGAUGCAACCAGGCAGCAGGAGGAGGUUCAGAGCUCAGAGAUGAGAAAAGAGUGUGAGCAGAGACCCAGCUCACACCAGGGAGAACACAUCUGGCAAACACCAUUUUACUCUGGUGUGGUCAGUUUUAUAAAGUAUGUCCAUGAAGACCUACAAUACAGCCCAGUUCUUCAUGUUGGUCAGCAGCCAGGUUCAUGUGUUGGAUCAAUAUAGCAAGUGUUGAGCUGAUACUACUCUAUAUAUGCUACUGGACCAGUUCUAAGUUCUACUGGAGUGGUUAACCGAUGUCAAAUAAAGACCAAAUACCAGAUCACUGUCAUUUGAAACACUGUAAUAUUCAAUAAAACAUAACAUUGAUAACAAAGUGAAAAAAAAACAUAUGGUUCAGUUCAAAGUGUUUCCAAUUCAAUCCCCUUAAGAAGAAUAUAUUCCCUUUAAGUCCAGUUCAAGAGUGUCUCCACACCAGUUCAGUUCAAAGAAAAGAAUAAUAUUCCAAUAGUCCUACCGCUCAGUCAGAGAGUUAUCAACAGACCAACCCUACAGUGAAUCCUCUCACCGGCUUGAUGAAACUACAACAGCAGUUCCUACAGUCGGGUCGCCAUCUUUUAUUGUCUCCCUCAUAACAUGGAGGAUCAUCUCUCUCAGUCCAGGCCUCAAACUGGGACAAGAAAACUGACCUGUACAACAUGUCAUGAAUAAAAUAAAUGACCCUGUCCAUAUAAAUCAAAUCCAAAAGGUUUUACAGUUUCUGGGAAUCAUAACGUUACAGCUCCGUUGUUUAACCACAGUCAAAAUGGCGGCAUAGCAGCAUGUCCCAGCUUCACAAUCUCCUGUUUCACAUGAAAUAAAAUGACACUCAACUUUCCCCUCUAACACAGUGUACAUUCACGCUUUGAUUAUUAUAAUAAUAGAACAUUAUUAUCCAUUAAACAAUCUGUAUUUACGGUUUUCUCAUUCAAUACAAUAACAUCAUGAGACCACCAGGGCCAAGCAGCUGCAGAUGCAAACGCCACAUGCACAGCUCAGUACAACGGGCUGAAACUCCCCAAAACCACUGCAGUUCAUUUAAGCAUUAUCUUCAUAAAUCACCAACCAAGUAGAGAUUAUUUUCCAGGAUCUAAGUCGAUUGUUUAUUAAUGUAUUUGGCUUUCCUCACUUCUGUUUAUACUUGUGACUCUGCUCUGUUUGAGCGCCAAGUUUGCUGUGCUUUCAACAGUGUGUCUUCAGAGCCGGAGGCUGCACGGAGCUUUAAUUUACCUCUCUGUGUUUGUGUAUUUAACUUUUAAUUUUGUUUAAUGUUUUUGUAUAAAAUAAAUAUAAAUAUAUAUCUGC